GGCGUGGUGUUGCUGGUGUGGCGGCGCCAGCGAAGCGACGCGCUGCUGGCCACUCGCGAGGAGGAGUCCAUCUCUCCGGCUGGGCGCGCGAGAAGCACCUGCUCCGGCGAUCCCUAGGGGCGCGCUGCGUUCUUUCAUUUACCGCUGAACGCCGGUCUGGAGGUGUUCUAAAGAGCUCGAGACCAGGGUGAGAGCACUGGGGCAGAGUAAACGAGAGGACUUUGGGUCUCCACCGCUGCCUAGGACUGUGUGAGCGGAAACCCUGUUGUGACUGAAGAGAGAAGAAGGACGUAACCACGAGCCCCUCAGCCUCAUCGCAGUCAUGGGGGUGGCGUGGUUUGUACUGUUCCUGGGAGUCAUGACCACGGCGCUGGAGGUGCCUCUGGACUCUAAAAUUCGAGAAGAAUUGCCGCAACCGCCAACCAUAACCCAGCAGUCUCCCAAGAACUACAUCGUCGACCCACGAGAAAACAUUGUGAUCCGCUGCGAGGCCAAGGGAAAACCUCAGCCCAGGUUUUCUUGGACCCGAAAUGGGACGCACUUCGAUGUCGAGAAGGACCCGAAGGUGACGAUGAGGCCCGGUUCAGGGACCCUGCUCAUCGACAUCAGCGGCGAGAAGGCGGAGGCCUACGAGGGCGUCUACCAGUGCAUGGCCACCAACGAGCACGGCACCGCGCUCUCCAACAACAUGGUGAUCCGCCAAUCCAGAUCCCCCUUGUGGUCAAAAGAGAGGAAUGAACCGGUGCUCGUGCAGGAGGGAGCACCGCUUGUCUUGCAGUGCAGACCCCCCGCAGGGCUCCCUCCUCCCGUCAUCUUUUGGAUGGAUAACAAUUUCCAGAGGCUGCGUCAGGAUGAGCGUGUCUCGCAGGCCCUCAACGGGGACCUGUAUUUCUCCAACCUCAAGGUGCAGGACACGCGCAGCGACUACAUCUGCUACGCAAGAUUCCCCCACACUCAGACCAUCCAGCAGAAGCAACCGAUCACGGUCAAGGUGUUGAGCAUGGAUGCAAUCAAUGAGACAAUGGCAGCUUUUUUGAAUGACACUGAUUUUUUUGGUGACAGUCCUGUAGGAGAGCGGCGUCCAUCUUUCGUUGUCCCAACCGGAGCCUCCAGCAGCAAGAUGGUGCUGAGGGGGGAUGUCUUGGAGAUGGAGUGCAUCGCCGAGGGCCUGCCGACUCCCAGCAUAACCUGGAGGAAGGAGGGCGGGGACCUGGACUCCAGCAGAACCUCCUUCAAGAACUUCCAUAAAACUCUGCGGAUUGUGUCUGUGACGGAGGCCGAUGCCGGAGUGUACCGCUGCACAGCCAGUAACCACCUGGGCUCCGUCCACCAUGUCAUCACAGUCACUGUCAGAGCUGCUCCUUACUGGGUAAAAGCCCCCAAGAAUCUUGUUUUAUCGCCCAAAGAGACCGGCGUCAUCACCUGCCAAGCCACUGGAGACCCAAAGCCAGACAUCACGUGGCUGAUUAACGGGAUCCUCAUUGCGAAUGCACCUGAAGACCCCAGCAGGAAGGUAGAAGGUGACAGCCUUACCUUCACGGACGUUCAGACGGGAUCGAGCGCCGUCUACCAGUGCAACGCCUCCAAUGAAUACGGCUAUCUGCUGGCAAAUUCUUUUAUUAAUGUGCUUGCUGAACCUCCCAGGAUCUUAACAGCUCCAGACAAAGUUUAUCAGGUCAUAACCAACACUGCUGCAUUCCUGGACUGUGCCUCCUUUGGAUCCCCGGUACCAAAGAUUACGUGGUUCAAGGACGGUCAGAACAGCGCGUUGGCUGGAGACCGCUACGAAAUGCACGAGAAUGGAACCCUGGAGAUCCGCGCAGUGCUGAAGCUGAACAGUGGCAGAUACACAUGCAUGGCUAUGAACGCCCUCGGCAACCGGGAGAACCACGUCUACCUGGAGGUCAAAGAGCCCACCAGGAUAUUAAUGCAGCCCGAAUACAAGGUCGUCCAGAGGAACAGAGACGUCGUGUUUGAGUGCAAGGCAAAGCAUGACCCGACCCUCGUCACCGUUAUGACUUGGCUCAAAGACAACGAGGAGCUGCCUGAGGACGAACGAUUAAUGGUUGGUGCCGACAGUCUCACCAUCAACGAUGUCACUGAGGGUGAUGAGGGCACCUACACCUGCAUCGUGAACACAACGUUGGACCAGGACUCGGCCAGCGCCAGGCUCACCGUCGUUGGGCCGACUGCACCUCCAGGCAUCGUCUCCGAGCAACCGGAUCCACCAAAAGACCUGGAGCUCACUGACCAGCGGGAGAGGAGUGUGCAACUGACCUGGAUUCCUGGAGAUGAUCAUAACAGCCCCAUUCGGAAGUUCAUCAUUCAGUAUGAGGAUGCUCUUCACCACCCUGGCAUUUGGAAAAAUCUCACAGAAGUUCCAGGAACCAAGACGACCGCCUACCUUAAGCUCUCUCCAUACGUCAGCUACACCUUCAGGGUGCUGGCAGUCAACGAGGUGGGCUUCAGCAAGCCCAGCACCCCAUCACGACAGUAUAUAACUAAACCAGCAGCUCCAGAUGAAAACCCCUCUGAGGUUCAAGGGGCUGGAAAUGAGCAUAAUAAUUUAAUUAUAUCUUGGAAGCCACUUACUGGCUUCCAGUCCAAUGGUCCUGGGCUUCAAUACAACGUCUCAUGGAGGCAGAAGGAUGUGGAGAAAGACUGGACAUCUGUCACAGUGGCCAAUGUCUCGAAGUUUGUUGUGUCGGGCACACCCACAUUUGUCCCCUAUGAGCUGAUGGUGCGGGCCCUCAAUGAUUUCGGGAGCGCGCCAGAGCCCCGGGUGGUCAUCGGUUACUCUGGAGAGGAUCUGCCCACAGCAGCUCCAGAUGGUGUUCAGGUCCUGGUGCAGAGCAGCACGCUGGCAGAGGUCCGUUGGGAGCCCAUCCCCCUACGGACUGUCCGGGGACGGCUAAAUGGCUACAAUGUCUACUACUGGAAGGAGAGAAGUCUGCAUGGGCACCACACCAAGCACCACAAGGAGCAGCGGGUCCUCACAUUCAGCGGGAACCGCACACAUGGCAAACUGCCGGGCCUAGAGCCCUUUAGUCGCUAUGCCCUCAAUGUGAGGGUUGUCAAUGGGAAAGGCGAGGGUCCCGCCAGUUCUCGCCAGCAGUUCGAAACUCCCGAAGGAGUGCCUGGACUUCCGGUGUUCCUGGAGGUUAUAAAGCCCACUCUGGACUCCCUUACCUUGGAGUGGGGUCCUCCGUCAGAAAGGAACGGAAUCUUGACAGGCUACACUCUGAAAUAUCAAACAUUGAACGGCACUGAGCUGGGCCAACUGAAGGAGAUUUCCCUGGAUUCGAACCAGACCACUGUCACGCUGCUCAACCUCAAGUACAGCACUCGCUACAGGUUCUCUCUGAGUGCCAACACUGCAAAGGGAGAAGGUCCUGCAGCAACAAGGGAGGCCGUUACCAUUGUGGACGAAGCCUUUAUUGAGCAGCCCUCUCUAAAUGUAGACCAAGCGCGCCCAUUUCUGCCAGCUUUCGGAAACGUUAGCUCGUCUGUCAGAGAAGAUGGAGCAGUUGUCAGUUGGGAGUACUGGGGACCUGAUAAGAACCUCUAUGUCGAAUAUAUUGUAGAGAACAGCAAAGAAGACUGGAAAAAAGAGUUGGUAAAUGGUUCCCAGUCAUAUCUGAUUAAAGGCUUAAAGGCGGGGAUGUCGUAUCGAGUGCGCGUUGUCGCCAAAGAUCAGUCAGACGUAACGGUUCACAGCACGGAAGAGCUGCUGGUCACACUGCCAGCGAUGGCAAGUAGACAGGUGGACAUCGCCACCCAGGGCUGGUUCAUCGGCCUCAUGUGUGCCAUCGCCCUGCUCAUCCUCGUGUUGCUCAUUGUCUGCUUUAUCCGGAGGAACAAAGGGGGCAAGUACCCAGUGAAAGAGAAGGAGGACGCUCACGCUGACCCUGAAAUCCAGCCUAUGAAGGACGAUGAUGGAACCUUCGGGGAAUACAGUGACACAGAGGACCAUAAACCGUUAAAGGGAAGCCGCACCCCUUCCAAUGGGACGGUAAAGAAGGACGACAGUGACGACAGUUUAGUUGACUACGGGGAAGGCGGAGAUGUUCAGUUCAACGAGGACGGCUCUUUUAUUGGGCAGUAUAGUGGGAGGAAGGAGAGGGACACAGCCGAGGGCAACGAGAGUUCGGAGGCACCCUCUCCCGUCAACGCCAUGAACUCUUUUGUGUAAAUUGCCUCCCCCAGCAGCCCACUCACCAUCACAAACAUGCUAACGUCCAGUUAAUAACAGGGACAUGAAUAAGGAAAAAAGAAGCUAUAGGCUCUGGAAAGCAAAUUAAAGAGGAAUACACAGAAAGGACAGGAGAACGGCCUCCUCUGCUGUGCGCAGGGACAGAAGGGGACGCAGACGAGAGCCGUUGCUGUUUAACUGUUUGCCGAUACAUAUUUUUCCCAAGGUGAAAAAUGGGAAACGGCCGGUAUCAAUGCCUGACAUCUUAGACGUCAAAUGCUUCUAAUAUGCUGCAUGGAAAUGAUAGUCGUCUACCAUAUUAUAACACAGGGAUAAAACUGGAAGUUAUACUGGAGGCAGUGACUCUUUUCUAACUCUGCAGUGGACUUUUGGAUUGCUGGGUUUCCCUUUUUUAUUGAAGUGUUACCUUGGUAUUAUUGGAAUGAAGCUUCAAUGUCUUUGUGGACAUUGUUGUGACACGUGACUAAAUGUAUAGCUUUUUUCUGUCUUUGUUGCAAGACAGGAACUGUUUGUAUAUAACUGAGGCGGAAAUAUAUGGACCAGCAAUGGACAGUGUGUAUUAACAAACUGGACUGCAAUCUCAGUAUGAAAGUACUCUUUUCACCCUUACAUGUCCAUAUUUCAGCUUAUUUCAGCAAACGUUAUUCAGUUUUGGGUUUCCACCUUUUGUUUCUCCCAUCGCUGUUGUUUUGAAACACACCGCAGUUGUUUUUGUGUUGCAGUUGCACUAAUGAACAAUGGAAGCCAACGCCUUUUUCCAGCAUGCAAGCCAUCAGUUCCCAUGUCCAUGCCCUCACCCCACAUGCAUCUGUGUCACCCUGUGUGAGCUGCUGCAUGGUGGGCAGAGGCGAGCUCUCGACGGCACGAGUUUGCAUCACAUUUCAAAGUGCACAAGCUUCUUGUUGCCGCUGUUGCACACAGGUGGUGAGACGGACCCUAUCGGCAGUCCUUGUCUUUGAGGAGAACAGUGCUACUAUAUCCUCCAUGGGUCCACUCAGUCUGAUAGUAGACCAAACAAAAUGGAGUGGUGGCGCAAAGUUACGCUUACGGAGCAGUUUGAUCUUCAGGCUCCGCUUUUGUACGUUUCUUUCUGUCCGAUGGUAAAGAAAACUUCCCUGAACAUCUUUCACAUUAGGAGCACCAUUACUCAGUGAUGUAUGUCAAACUCUUGCCACUCUGGUUAAGGGUAGUUUUGGACCUUAAAGAAAAUCAGGCUCUAUAUCUACAGAACACUUUGGAUGGGUUUGAUUGUAUAUAAAAUUAUGUUUAUAAAAUAAUGCUUUUUUUCCUCUGCUUUUGUGACAAUUUUCAAGCAAAAAAAAAAUUGUUUUACAUGAGUAGAAAUCUACUAUGACCAAAAAAAAAAAAAAAACUGAAGUUCUGUUCAUUCAGAAUCUUGUAGUUAAUUACUUUUUUUUUUGGUUUUCAUAACUUGCAUCAAGUUAAAUGUUAUAUUGUUGUGAGUAGAUCGUCAAUAUGUAAAUGCCCUAAUAGACUGUAAACUCUUCGAGAGAAGAGCUGCUGACAUGUUCUGAUAUCAGUAGCUUUCCAGAGGAUCAUGUGCAGAGAAUGAGGGACUUGUACAACAUAUUUCCUCCACUGUGCAUCUGUAAUUCUCAGAACGAUGAGUCCCUCACAGUUUGGGUCAGAGAAGCACAUAAUUUUCAGGCCACCUUUUAUUUAUUUGUCUUUUUUUUUCUUUGCUUUUGCUACAAACCAUUUGUUCUUGACAAGCUGCAAA